CCGACUGGCCGCCUGACUUACCUCCUGUACGACGCAUUCAACUCGCCUCCGUGUGUGCAGUCAAGCCAGCGUCCUGCUCUUUCCCCAAACUACAAGACAUCUGAACACUUUACCCCACAUCCCGAGGGCUGUGGGAGCUUGUGCUGGGAGUCGGGGGCUCGCCAAGAUGUCUACAGAGGAGCAAGAAUAUCCCGAAGCGGUACUGGUGACAGAGGCCGGGCCGCAGUGGCUCCGAGCCGAGGUCGAGCGUCUUACCAGGGAGCUCCGUGAGACGACCCAUGAGAAGAUCCAGGCGGCUGAGUACGGGCUGGCUGUGCUGGAGGAGAAACAGCAGCUCAAGCAGCAGUAUGAUGAGUUGGAGACCGAGUACGAGGCGGUUCGACAGGAGCUGGAUCAGCUGAAGGAGGCCUUUGGACAAGCUUACUCAACCCACAGGAAGGUGGCAGCAGAUGGGGAAAGCAGGGAGGAGUCACUGAUCCUGGAGUCUGCCAGUAAGGAGGCUCUCUACCAGCAGAAGGUCCUGGAGCUGCAGAAUGAGCUCCGGCAGACCAAAGCCUCCCUCGUCAGUGCACAAGCAGAAAAUGAUCGCCUGUCCUCCAUUAUCCUGGAGACAAGAGAGAAUUCAGAGCUGGUGGAGAUGCAGCGCAGUCAGCUGCGUGAUGAGAUCAGAGAGUUCAAGGUGCGAGAGGCUCGUGUGCUGCAGGACUACAGCGAGCUGGAGGAGGAGAACAUCUCUCUUCAGAAGCAAGUGUCAGUGCUGAGACAAAACCAGGUGGAAUUUGAAGGUCUCAAGCAUGAGAUCCGCCGUGUGGAGGAGGACUCGCAGUGUCUCCACAGUCAGCUGGAUGAAGCCAUGCGUCUGAGAGAAAUAGCUGAGCGACAGCUAACAGAGGCCUUAGAAACAAUUAAAACAGAGCGAGAGCAGAAGGCCACCCUGCGCAAAGAGCUGUCCCACUAUAUGACCAUCGGUGGCUCUGUGUACAACAGUGCUUUCAAUAUCUCCAUCGACACCCUAAAGCUCCGCGAGGAUCCAUCCACCGUCUGUGAGCCUGACAACGAUGAUCUAAUCCGAGGCUUUGAAAACGGCUUGGUUAAGACAAGCGAAGGUGAUGAAGACAGAGGUGCUGUGAGCAAGAAAGGAGCGGCCUUUAAGCCAGCUCCUAGCCUGGUGGAUGACCUGCUCAGUGAGCUCAACAUCUCUGAGAUCCAGAAACUUAAACAGCAGCUUGUACAGGUGGAGCGUGAGAAAGUGGCCCUGAUCAAUUCUCUGCAGGAGAGUCAGAAGCAGCUGGAACAGGCCUAUGGGACUAUGUCUGAGCAAAAGGAAACUGUCAACAGGCUGACUGAGAACCUCAGCGCAAUAAGGAAACUUCAGGCCAGUAAGGAGCGCCAGUCUGCCCUCGACAGUGAAAAAGACAGGGACAGCCAUGAUGAUGGAGACUAUUAUGAGCUGGACAUCAACGGCCCUGAGAUCCUGCAGUGUAAAUACACUGUGGCGGUGUCUGAAGCUGGGGAGCUGAGGCAGGAGCUGAAGACACUGAGGGAACAGUACCAGCAGUGUCAAACCCAGUAUGAAGAUGAGCGAGCACGGCUGGAGAGUGACGUCCAGGACUUGAGGUCGAGGUUGACGUCACUUGAGAAAAUUAGCCAAGCAGAUAAAGCAGAGAUGGCUCGUCUGGAGAAGGAGCUCCGUCUGGUCAGUGAGGCUGCAAGAGAAUCACUUGGCAGCCUUAAUGUUGCCCAGGAUGAGCUCAUAACUUUCAGUGAAGAACUGGCCAAUCUCUACAACCACGUGUGUAUAUGCAACAAUGAGACUCCUAACCGUGUCAUGCUCGACUACUACAAGGAAGGCAAGGCCAUGAUGAGACGGGGGCACGAAGGGAAGGAGCAGCAGUCUUCUUUGCUUAUCACUGAUGGGCUGAUCACUGAGGCUGAACCUGGAAAAUCCAACACCAGCAGCACCACACCUGGCCCAGCUCCAGUCCCAGAGCACCGCCCAGAACCCAUGAACAUCUAUAACCUCGUAGCCAUCAUCAGGGACCAGAUCCGCCACCUGCAGCAGGCAGUGGACCGCACCACAGAGCUGUCACGCCAGAGACUUGCCAAUCUGGAGCUGAACACAGUGCCAGACAAAGACAAAGAGGCUUGCAUGGAAGAGAUCCUCAAACUGAAAUCCCUACUAAGCACCAAAAGGGAACAGAUCGCCACUCUCAGAGCUGUGCUGAAGGCCAACAAACAGACAGCUGAGGUGGCUCUGGCAAACCUGAAGAGUAAGUAUGAUAGUGAGAAGGCCAUGGUGACUGAGACAAUGAUGAAGCUCCGCAAUGAACUCAAGGCCCUGAAGGAGGAUGCUGCCACGUUCUCCUCUCUUCGAGCCAUGUUUGCUACAAGGUGUGAUGAGUAUGUGACCCAGCUGGAUGACAUGCAGAGGCAACUGGCUGCAGCUGAGGAUGAGAAGAAGACUCUGAAUUCUCUGUUACGUAUGGCCAUCCAGCAAAAACUGGCCUUAACCCAGCGACUGGAGGACUUGGAGUUUGACCAUGAGCAGGCACGCCGUAACAGUGCCACAGCGGUGGGAGGCAAGGGCAAAACAAAGGGCAAGGGAGGGUCUUCCACCCAGCAUUAAAUCAAACAAGCCAAGUAUCCUUAAGGAGCUUCGUCAGGGUGUCUGGAAGAAUUACCAGUUGUCUGGGCUCCUGGUUUCUUCGCUCUUUAAUCAUGGGCCAAAUCAUGUCAUUGCUAACACAAGAGCAUAUCCAACAGUAUUUGCCAAGGACCUUGUUCUAGAGUGCCAAAACAAAUGUAACAUUUGUGUCAAACAGUGUGACUGCUAAAAGUAUGACUCAUCACAUCAGCUGCCCACCGUGGUCCUUCAGUCCAGAAAUAUGAACGACUGUUGCAUAUAACUAUAUCUCCUCUUUAGAUCAUUGAAACAUAAUGCAAUACAUUGUUUUUGUUAUAUGAUCCUUUGAAUAUGGAGCUUCAGAUUCAUGGUCAAGAUUUUAUAUAACUGGGCUCCACUGUUACAAACUCAAGUGUGCUUAUUAUGACUGAAGAGCAUUAAUGCAAGGCUUAAAGAUUUCUAAUUUAAGGUCAGAUGUUCAUACUGUUCAUAAGCUUUAUUCAUGAAAGUUUAAUUGUUUUAAUAGUUUUUUGUAAACUUGACAUCCAUUGUCUAUAAACAGUAACCCUACAGUG